AUGGAAGGCCAUGAUUGGGAGAAGUUAGAGCGCACCGUGCGCGAGAUUCGCGACAAUACCGUCACCGCACGCUCUCGCGCCACGUACCAGAACUCGUACUGCCAUUUCCUCGCUUGGCUUGUCCGCAACAAGCCGCACCUCGCACCCCAGCCAUUUCUCGAAGCCCUCGGUAAUACGGCUGACGGAAGCCUGCAGCAGCUGCGCACUACGAUCAAGGCCCUCGUCACCCAGGAUCGCCGUAUUGUCCCUCUGGACUUUGCGGCAGACAUCAUAUCAGAGCUGGAGAAGAGGGCUAUCGGAGCAGGGACAGUUACUUACGACGGGCUGAAUGACGCUAUUAGGGCAUGCCUUCGUGAUACCGGUGUUGCUGGCCUUGUUGAGAAGCUAGCAAAUGCGCAGGAGCCGGUCGUCGAGGCUGGUGGUGCAGAGGCCGAGCGCCAGAUGUGCCACUUCUGGGGUGGCAAAUUCCGUCGCGUGCCUGCUGAUUUUGGGAUCCCUGCUGCUCUGGGCAUGGGGAGCAAUGAUAACUCGGUCUUGACCAGCGCGCCCUUGAGCCCCACGAUGUACGUGCGUGUGGUGCUCUUCGGAGGUGAUCGUGAACACGAGCAGCUCUUGUGCCACGCGCAGCUUCUCGGUCACCUUCGCGCGCAGCUUGAGGUCCUCGAUGUGCACAUUCUUGUGGCUGCGCUAGCCGUCCUUGUCCUGUUCUCCUGAGCGAGCCGUGGUCUUGAUGGGCGCGAAGUGGCGCGUGUGUUUGGGCUAUCGAUGAUGGUGGUGCUGGCCUAGUCGUCCUGCAAGUUCAUGAGCGGUUCACGACCUUGCCCAUGGUGCCGCCGACCCUGAUGAGCUCGCCGACUUCCCUGAGAUUAAAGGUCAUUGAGAGCUUACCUGGCAAACGUUGCUGAAGUAACUGCGCGGGCGCGGCGCGGUCGCCACCAGCAGCGUCUUGCACGUCGCCGGGGCCUAGCACAUGUCGGCACUUGCAAUCAGCAGGGGUAGCACCGAAGAGCUCUGUGUCUUGC